AUGGCUUCGAGGGAAUUCCCUUUUUACGAGCAUUUGCACCCUGGGUAUGAAAAGGGAGCCACCACGCUGGGUUUCAUUUACAACAAUGUUGAUGAUGAAGAAAUUAUGGUAGCCCUUGAUCAUUCAAGGAUGAGACGACGAUCUAAAGAAUUCCCCGAAAACUGCAAAGAACAUGAAUCCAAGGAAGGGAGAAAAGCUUCAGCCGCCGAAGUAUCGAAGUGGCUAGCUGACUUCCUGCCCUCUGACUAUAUCAAGGAUAUGUCCUUGGAUAAAGCUGCGGAGCUGGCCAAACGUGCACUUUGUCUUGCUGUAUAUUACGAGCAUGGAAGGGGUGAAUGUGUCAGUGGUAAGCUCUGUGAUUUCCUCUGGCCAAUUUCAUUGUUACAGUUAAUGUAUAUUUGA